UUGUCUUUAACAACUGAAUGAAUUGCUUUUUUUGAAUUUGCACUUUGUUUUCUGCAAUCGGUGACUUGAUUUUAAGGUGGCAUGGAGAAGUUGUUCAGUUGUUAAAAACAAAAAGCUAAAUAAUUACCUUUUUAACAUGUUUUUCCAUUUAAUGAUGACACAAUAAACAGGAAAUUACAUAUAACAGUGUAUUGUAAUGUGUACUUUAUUGAUUGAUUUGUUUUAAUGUAGACAUUUUAAAUCUUCCAUACCCUUGAGCCAUGCUGCUACAGUGGUUAAAACAACAGGAUUCUUCCACUUCUGUAAACUUUUUGCAAUCUGAAUCCUGACAGACUAUCUCAACACACAAACAAUCCUAAAAGUAUAAUAAACUUACAUUUGCACUCUCACAGUCCACAGAUGUGUUUGUGUGUGUUCAUUAACACUCCUCAGUGGUAUGUAGGGAAAUUCUUACACAGGCACUCACAUGUAGUCAAAACUUCCUUAGAUUGCCAGAGGUCAGCUUUAUUUGGUUAAUAAUUAUUUUUCUGGGAACACCUUUUAAAAAGGAUCAGACCACAGCAGACUUUCCCCUUACACACAGCAGCUGCCAUGAAGCUGGGGCAGCUUCUCUCCUUCUGUGUCCUGCUGGUACUUUUUGUGACACGGUGCACAAAUGGAGGGAACAUUUUGGUGUGGUACACUGAAGGCAGCCACUGGAUUAACAUGAAGCCAGUGCUGGAGACGCUGAUCGACAGGGGACACCAGGUGACCGUCCUGGUGCCAAGCACGUCUAUGUACAUGAACACCAGUGAGCCUUCCCGCUUCCGCUAUGAACCCUUUAACGUCUCAGUCUCAAUGGAGGCCAUGGAGGAGUUCCUUAAAGAGUACCAUAAUUUCUCCAUGUAUGAGAUGGAUUAUAUGAGCUACUUGCAGAUUUACCUCAGAUCCAUGGAGCUGAUGAAAGUCUACGUGCAGUAUUCUUUGCAGUAUCUGGAUGGCGUGCUGAAAUCAGACGUCAUCAUGAAGAAGCUGAAGGAGGGAAACUGCGACCUUCUCCUGGCCGACCCAAUCUACCAAGGGAGUGACUUGGUAGCAGAGAUUUUGGGGAUCCCCCUGGUCUUCUCCAUGCGUUUCUCCCUCGCCAAUAACUGGGAGAGGCAGUGCGGUCAGCUACCUGCUCCACCUUCAUUUAUCCCUGGCGCUAUGAGCAAACUGACCGACAAGAUGGACUUUGCCGAGAGAGUGUGGAACUUUCUCUUCUACGCCUUACAAGACAUACUGAUGACUAAAGUUUUUUGGCAAGAAGUAGAUAAAUAUUACACAGAGGUCAAGGGCAGCCACUGGAUUAACAUGAAGCCAGUGCUGGAGACGCUGAUCGACAGGGGACACCAGGUGACCGUUCUGGUCCCAAGCACGUCUAUAUACAUGAACACCAGUGAGCCUUCCCGCUUCCGCUAUGAACCCUUUAACGUCUCAGUCUCAAUGGAGGCCAUGGAGGAGUUCCUUAAAGAGUACCUUAAUUUCUCCAUGUAUGAGAUGGAUUAUAUGAGCUACUUGCAGAUUUACCUCAGAUUCAUGGAGCUGAUGAAAGUCGACGUGCAGUAUUCUUUGCAGUAUCUGGAUGGCGUGCUGAAAUCAGACGUCAUCAUGAAGAAGCUGAAGGAGGGAAACUACGACCUUCUCCUGGCCGACCCAAUCUACCAAGGGAGUGACUUGGUAGCAGAGAUUUUGGGGAUCCCCCUGGUCUUCUCCCUGCGUUUCUCCCUCGCCAAUAACUGGGAGAGGCAGUGCGGUCAGCUACCUGCUCCACCUUCAUUUGUCCCUGGCGCUAUGAGCAAACUGACCGACAAGAUGGACUUCGCUGAGAGAGUGUGGAACUUUCUCUUCUACGCCUUACAAGACAUACUGAUGACUAAAGUUAUUUGGCAAGAAGUAGAUAAAUAUUACACAGAGGUCAAGGGGACGCCCACAAACGCCUGUGAGAUGAUGGGUAGAGCAGAUAUCUGGUUGAUUCGAACCUACUGGGAUUUUGAAUUUCCUCGUCCUUUCCUCCCUAACUUUAAAUUUGUUGGUGGGAUCCACUGCAGACCAGCUAAACCCUUACCAGAGGAUAUGGAAGAGUUUGUGCAGAGUUCUGGAGAUGAUGGUAUUGUGGUCUUCACUUUGGGGUCCAUGAUCAAGAACAUCACCUCUGAGAAGGGAAACAUGAUCGCCUCGGCCCUUGCUCAGCUCCCACAAAAGGUGCUGUGGAGAUAUGGUGGAGAAAAACCAGAGACUUUGGGUGCCAACACCAGAGUAUAUGACUGGAUCCCUCAGAAUGACCUGCUGGGUCACCCAAAGACCAGAGCGUUCAUCACUCAUGGUGGCACAAAUGGGAUUUAUGAGGCCAUCUACCAUGGUGUUCCUAUGGUGGGAAUCCCCUUGUUCGCUGACCAGCCAGACAACCUGGUGCAUAUGAAGGCUAAAGGCGCUGCAAUUACUAUGGACCUGAACUUUAUGAAGAGUGAAGAUCUUAGAGAUGCAAUCAACACUGUCAUCAACGAUAAAUCGUACAAGGAAAAUGCCAUGCGGCUGUCCAGCAUCCACCAUGACAGGCCGAUGAGUCCUCUGGACGAGGCGGUAUUCUGGGUCGAGUUCACCAUGAGAAACAAAGGUGCCAAGCACUUGAGAGUCCAGGCACACGAGCUCACCUGGUACCAGUACCACAGCCUGGAUGUCCUGGCAUUCCUCCUCGCCAUUGUUCUGCUCCUCAUAUUCCUCUUCAUCAAGACCUGCAAGUUUUGCUUCCGGAGAUGCUGUGGCAGAAAGGGAAAGACAAAGAGAAAGGCUGAGUAACGGACUGAUUUCAUAUCUUAUCAAUGUCAAUAAAAAAACUGUUGGUCCAAAGCACAUCAUGUAACCUGAUGUCCUAGAUUUGAAUAUGACCUGGGACAUCUUUGUCUCAC